AUGAACUGCAUCAACUGAGUAAGAAAGAGGAAUCAACUUCACUUCAUUGGUUUUCUCCUCAUCAGCUUGUCCAUAACCAGAAUACGUUUCUUGAUCACGAUACUGAUCGAUUCACGUCCACUGGUGCUCUCUGCAGAUCCACACAGCAGUGGUCAAAUUAAAAAAAAAAAGAUCGACCACUUAAGUGUCUGCUUUGACACCUGCCUCAGCAUCUUCUAUUUCCUGAAGGUAGCUACUUUUUUCCAUCCUCUUUUUCUCUGGUUGAAGUGGAAAACCAAGAGGGUGAUCGUUAUUAUUUUUCUGGGGUCUUUGUUCUUUUUUUCUUUUUUAGUUCCCAGUGAUAGACCAUAUAUACUUCCUAUUGUUUUAAAAUGAGAAUCAAGCAAGACAUCAUGGAAGAUUAAUAUGAAUGAAACACAAACCAUUAUUUUCUUAGUGCCCAUCAAUGUUCAGAUUACCAUCCCCUUAACCUAUUCCCACAGCAUCUUUUUUUUCUGUUACUUUUUUCUCUUUGGAGACAUAGCAAGUUUAAUAUCAAUAGAGUUUAAUAUCAAAGGGCACCAGGAUCCUAACGCUGAAGCUUGUG